UAGAAAUGGAGAAGAAGCUCGUGAGUUUUUCUUGGUCUCUUGGGGUUUUGGCAUUCAUCAUGAUUUUGGCUGUGAAAUCAAAAUCUGUUGAUGCAAUGUCCUGUGAAGAUGCACUCACUGCAUUGAUGCCUUGCAGGCCUUUCUUGACCACCGGAGUAGACAGCCCCGACCCUCCGUGUUGUCAAGCGGUGGCCACCGUCACCGCCUCUGCUACCACCACUUUGGCACGCCGGGAGCUGUGCCGAUGUUUUGAGAAAGCUGGGCCAGCUCUCGGGGUUAUCCCCGACAAAGCUAAGCAGCUUCCUCAGAAGUGUGGUAUUAGUGUUCCCGUUCCCAUUGAUCCUACUAUCAACUGCGACACCAUCAAAUAGCCGAUGGGGAUGUGGUGCUGCCACCGGGAAUAAAACAUGAAGGACC